UAAAAAAGGGUGCUAUUUUUGUAAAUAUUUCGGCUGGAUGCUAUUUUUGUAAUUUUUUUUUAAAGGUGCUAUUUCUGGAAAAAUCCCGAUUCUUUGAGAUCAAGAUUUGGGUCCCCUCCUCUGUGUGUUAAUUGUAUUGAGGCUAAAACCUCUCAGUCAUCAUUCUCCUCCAGUGAUACUAUCUAUGAAUCCCCUUUUGAUUUAAUUCAUACAAAUUUUUGGGGCUCGUCUCCAGUUAUGUCUCGAAUGGGGUACUGUUACUUCGCUCUAUUCAUCGAUCAUCGAUCAUGCACUCAAUUUGGCAACACGAUCAAGGUUAUUCGUUCGGAUCCUGGUGGGGAGUUUAGCUCACAUCCGUUGCUCGAGUUCUAUCGUUCCCAUGGUAUUAUCUCGCAACAGUCCUAUCCCGGAUUUUCUCAUCAAAAUGGAUUGGUUGAACCGAAGCAUCGACAUGUGCUCGAGCUGACUCGUGCUCUCUUACUUCAGUCACACUUUUCCCGGGGCUUCUGGGUUGAGGCAAUCGCAGCUGUUGUGUAUGUGAUUAAUCGACAAAUCACAUCAACACUCAAUGAUCAGUCUCCUUUCUUUUGUCUCUUCUCCAAACAACCCAACUAUUCCUGGCUUCGCGUUUUUGGUUGUGUAUGUUUUGUGUUAUUGCCGAAGAAGGAUUGUCAUAAAAUUGAGUCAAAGACAGCCAGGUGUGUUUUCUUAGGCAACAGCGAUCGCCACAAAGGAUACAUGUGUUAUGAUCCUCAAGAACGCCGUAUGCGUAUUUCUUGUCAUGUCGUCUUCCUCGAGCAAGUAAUGUACUAUUCUACUACUCCCGAAUGAGCAUACUCCUACACUGGAUUUUCUCCUUCAUUUUCCGAGUUUUGAUGUUGACCCGAUUGCUCAUGUUUCGCAAGUUGAGCCUGUUGGUUCGGAUCCUCCUUCUCCACCAGCAACGCCAGUCUCGUCCCAAGCUUCACUCUCACCUAGAUCUUCCUCUCAGGGCUCUUCAUGUGCGAGUUCUAGUUCUUCCUCUGCUCCCAAUUUUCCCGACUCUUCUACCUCACCUUCUCUGGAACCUGUGUCCCCUCCACCUCUUCGCCGCUCCAAUCGUAGCACCUUUCGUCAAGCUCCACUUUUAAUGCAGGAUUACGUGAGUUUCUCCGCCGAGCCUAUUUUUUUUCCUAGCCACUACCGGUUUGCUAUGGGACAUCCAGAAUGAGACGCUGCGAUGGCUGCCGAAACCAAGGCCUUGGAGGCGAACCAUACCUGGGACAUAGUCUCUCGUAUUUUGGGCAUUCAUGUACUGGGAAUCGUUGGGUAUAUAAUAUUAAGAUGUUUCUGGAUGGCUCUAUAGAGAGGCAUAAUGCUCGUCUUGUGGCACACGCUUUUCGACAAGAAUUUGGCAUAGAUUAUGACGAGAAGUUUGCUCCGGUGGUGCGGAUGCAGACGGUACGGAGUAUUUUCGCGGUCGCUGCUAUGAAGAAUUGGUCGAUGGUUCAGUUGGAUGUGAAAAAUGCAUUCCUUCAUGGUGAUCUGAAGAAAACUAUUUAUAUGGAGUGUCCUCCUGGUUAUGACAAAGGGGAGAAGGAUGUGAUCUGUAAGCUACGAAAGUCCUUAUACAGUUUGAAGCAGGCAUCGCGGGCUUGGUUUGACAAAUUUCAUGGUUUUAUUCUGCAGACUGGCUUCACUCAGAGUACGAGUGAUCCCUCCAUGUUACUUUGCAAUACUGUCCAUGGUAUUGUGGUUUUGCUUUUUUACGUCGAUGACAUGAUAGUGACUGGCAGUGAUAAGGACGGGAUCAAGGAGCUCACACAGUCGUUGCACUCGGCUUUUAAUCUGGAAGAGUUGGGUUAUGUGUCAUAUUUCCUGGGAUAGGAAGUUACUCGAUCGGCCAAAGGGUUGUUUGUCAGCCAACGAAAGUAUAUCAUUGACCUGCUUGACACUGCACAGUAUAGUGAUUGUCGUCCAUGCUCAACUCCAAUGGAACAGAACUUGAAACUGAGCAGAGAUAGUGGUGAACUUUUAUAAGAUCAUACUUUUUAUAGAAGUAUCGUUCGCAGUUUGAUUUAUCUCACUCACACGAGGCCAGAUAUUACUUAUGUUGUUUAGAAUGUUCGCCAAUCAUGGGAGCUGCUGGGACUGCUCAUUUGGAUUCGGUACAUCGGUUGCAGUACUUAAGGGGCACGCAUGAUAUGGGUAUGUUAUUCCCGCUAGCAAUCACACAGCAUUAGAAGGUUUUGCAUAUGCAGAUUACGCAGGAUGUCUCAACACAGGCGAUCAACCUCAGGAUGGUGUGUAUGGCUCGGCCGAUCCUUUAUUUCUUGGAGAUGCAGGAAACAGGAUAAGGUGUCAAAGUCUUCGACAGAAGCAGAAUAUCGUUCUAUGUCAGAGUUAAGCACGGAGAUGGUUUGGCUGCAACGAUUGCUAGAUGAACUUGGUAUUAGGUGUCCUAUACCAAUGAGGAUCUAUGGAGACAAUACCAGUGCUAUUCAGAUAGCCCAAUCCUGUGCUUCAUGACCGGACUAAACAUAUAGAAGUCCAUAUUCAUUACAUUCGGCAACUGGUUGCAGAAGGCAAAGUUCAACUGAGUUACUUGUCUACAGAGGACCAGACUGCAGACUUGCUAACAAAAGUUGUGGCAUCCAGUCGUCGUUGGUACUUGUCUUGCAAAUUGAUGUUGAUUACUCGACAUCAAUUUGAAAGAGAAUGUUAAUUGUAGAAAUUAAAGUACCAAAAUGUAAUUAGCCUAAGAGGCAGUUCGGCUGGAGCUUGAGAAGCUAACCUAUAUAUUGCUCAUAUAUACUGUUAAAGAGUAUUAAGUAAUACAAACCCUAAAAUCUGUAAGGGAGAUCCUCACCGUUAACUAGCGUCAUAGUGAUCAAACCACGUUAAAAAUACCUUUGGCGUUCUUUAACUUUCUGCUAGAUUGACACAGUUAAGUUAAGUUUUACGUUUGGUAAUAUAUGUACAAUAAAUAAUUUAUGCGUCAAAAACAAAAGCAAUAUCUAUAAUAACGUUUCUAUUCCAUUUAAGAUGUUAACAGUUUCGGCCAAAGCAUAAGUUUGUCUUUCUCUGUCUCCUAUUAAGUGCCUCUAUAGUUGCAAGUAAUCACUUCUCGAUAGAAAAUGAGAGUGGUGAAAUCUGAGAUCAUGAAUCUACUUUUGUUCUUAGUUUUAGCCACAACAUUAUUAGUAACCGGUACAUGGAGCCUCCCGUUGAAUAAUCUCAUUCACAAAUCAUCAAAUUCGAGCAGCAAACCCUCGAUAAAACGGCGUCAGUUUCCUCCAGACUUCAAGUUUGGAGCAUCAAUAUCUUCCUACCAAGUACAUUUUCAUUUUCGUCUUUGAUGAAAUGGAAUUAAUUUAUUAACUAAGUUCUUAAUAAUUUUUCUUUGGUCUGGGAGUUGGAUUUGUUAGCAUGAAGGCGCCACUUGGGUGGAUGGUAGACGUCCAAGUAUAUGGGAUGCUUUUAGUCAUGCUCAUCCAGGUAAUUUAAUGAAACAAUUCAUCGACGCUAUUCUGAGUAUAAAAUAAUCGAUGCUAAACAUUUUUGUCGCUAAAUCAAUAGCAAAGAAUGAUGAGGGAAAGAUAUUUAAAAAAUCCUAAUAAUUGUCUCAUAAUUAAUAUGGUUCUCGCAACAUGUUGGUUAAAUGACAGACAGAAUACGAGGUCGAACCAACGGCGAUACGGCUACCGAUUCUUACCACUUAUACAAGGUACGUGACAUUAGCGACGAACUAUGUAUUAGGCAACUACUCGACUAGAGGGAACUAAUAACUAGAAUUCAUAUUA